CCAAUAAAUACACUGUAGUUGAAUAUUGUCCCAGGUAUGUUAGCGUAAUGAAUCGCAUGUAGGGCAAGUAUCGAAUCAACGUAGAGAAAUGAGAGACAUACAGAGCACCAUGUAAAAGUUAUGGGGCUCCUGUUCCAUGGGGCUUCAUACUCGUGUACCUAUAAUUAUUAUUACUUAUAAUUUGCAAAAUGCAAACAUCGAGUUUAGAAGAAAAACUUUCUGCAACUAAACUGAAGAAUGAACGAAGGUUGUCAAAAUUGUCAAACAUGAGAAGAAACGAAACGAAAAUCGACGAAACGAAACCAACUUUGUUGUUGAUUUUAGCAUUUUAAUUGAGUUGUUGUUCUUGUGUUUUAGUUUAUAAAUAAUUCACACAGUUACAGUAUAUUUAAUUCGUGUCUUGGCUAGUUAUCAUCUGAACCUAGGUACCUACUGAAGAAAAACAAGUAUAAAGAACUUUUGUUACUUGUAAAUAAAAAUUAAGUUAAAUAAAUUAUUAUUUUAAUCAUGUACAGAGUACAGUUCAAGGUUCAUAUCGACUCAAGAAACGGUAAACAUAAAGUAUAUUGACUUUUAUCCAUGUACCAACAAUGAAUGGUAUCUUACUGAUAGUGACUUAAUACAAGAGAUAAAAUUCUACAUUAUAUUGCUGGAGAUUUGUAGAUUGCUUUAUGAAACUAAGUCCACUGGGGAGCUAAGAUGGAUGUUAUUAUAAAAGUUAAUAACCAGUCAAAUGGCAGAGAUAAAAUAGCCAGACUAAUACAAUACACAAGCCGCCUGGUGUGGCACCAAUUGGAAAUCAGAAAUGCAAACAAAUAUUCCGUUGAUAGAAUAAAAAAUUUAGAACAGACAUUUAGUUCUUUCCGAAAAAUUUUAAGGCUUGGAAGAUGCAUAGACAUUUGUUACACAGCCUUGAACAGCAUGCACAUUGAUGAUCCUAUAUUAAGAGUAACACUUACCAUAAGCAAGUUGGCCCAUGCCCUAUUCCUUUACUCCGACCACAUAGUAUGGCUCACAAAAAGUGGAUUCCUUAAAACAGACUCAGAAAAAUGGAACAGAACAGCAAACAAAUUCUGGCUACUUUCAAUAAUUGCGAACUUAGCUAGAGAUUUCUAUGAAAUUGUUCACCUUAUGGAUUUGCAUAAAUCUACAUUCUUGAAGCCUUCGGAACUAUUGAACACUGCGAUUAGAAACCAUAACUGGAAUGACAGUGUGAAAAAUAUGUACAUGUUGAUGUCAUGCCAUAAGGAUGUUUUCAUUGAUACUUUGAAGAAUUCCUGUGACAUAUUCAUUCCCCUGACAGCUCUAGGGUUUACUAAACUUAGCCCGAGCACUGUAGGAGUUCUGGGGGCAGUAUCGUCACUAGCUGCUUUAGUCACUGUUGUGAAACCAAUUACUAAAUUGGUUCCAGCUUGAAAUUGUUAUUGUAUAAGGAUUUGUUCCAUUAUGGUGCUGGGCUUGCAUUCUGAAUGUGUAGAUUGUGAUAUAUUAUGUUGAGUACUUUGUAAAGUAUACGUAAAUUUUUAGGAUUUUGUAUCAUGAUCAAGGCUAUUCUUAAGUACAGUCAAAAUAAGAAUUAUGUUUGUAUGAUAUAUUUUUUAAUGUACAUGAAUGUAUAAACAGAUGUAUUCUUUA